AUGUGUGUCGUGUCCGACAGACAUGAAAGCAUAAUACACGCAGUUUCUAAGGUGUAUCCUAUUGUUCCUCAUUUGGCUUGUAUAUGGCAUUUGUGGAAAAAUGUGACAAAGCAAUACACAACAAACAAUGAGGUGUUGAGUCCUAUAUUUUAUUCACCGGCGAAGGCAUACACCCAGGAUGAGUUUGAUAACUUGAUGGAGAAGAUUGGGAAUGUUGAUAUUGGGGUAAAACGAUACCUAGAAGAUGCUGGAAGGGAUAAAUGGUCUAGGCUUUAUUCACCUAUUAACAGAGGAUGGACAAUGACUUCGAAUAUAGCCGAAUGUAUUAAUGAAAAACUAGUUGCUGCAAGAGAGUUACAUAUUUUUGAUUUCCUUGAAGAAGUUGAAGCGUCAACUGAAUAUGUUUACACAGUGAAUGAUGGACCGAGGCGUUUCAUAAUCGAUUUGAAGAAGAAAACUUGCAGCUGUAGGAUGUUCCAACUGGAUGAGAUACCAUGUUCUCAUGCAUGGGUAGUAUUGAAAAAUAAAAAUUUGACUGCUGAUGCAUAUUGUUCGGAAUUAUUCAAGCCAGAAACAGUUGUGAACACAUAUGAUGUGCCGGUUGAUUCUCUUCCCGAUGAGACCGAGUGGAAUGUUCCUAUAAGUAUAUCAGAUGAAGUUGUUAUGCCACCGAUCUAUAAGAGACCCCCUGGGAGGCCAAAAAAGAAGAGGGACAAGCCAUUACAGGAGUUGAUGAUUGGUAAACGCAGGAAUGCUUGCGGUAAAUGUGGACGUCUUGGUCAUAACGGGUGUUCGUGUGAUAAUUCGUCGCUCAAUAAGAAGAAUAAAUAA